GCAGCAACACAUUUAUCUCGUGCCGAACGGGAAAAUGCGGGUUUUAAAAUCACUAAGCAACGACAGAUGAACGCAAUGGACGCCUAAACCAAAAUAUUCCUGUUUGCAGUGUUGCUGGAUCCUAAAAGCCCCAUAAAAGCUGAAUAUGGAUUCCGGGGUUUUGAAUUUGGCUUGGAGCCAAGGAUACGAUGGAUCCCGAAUCACAUACAUUGAACCUGAUGUCUUGUGCUAUCAGUGUGGGCGCAAUGUCAAAACCAUCUCCACUGAUGGGAAACAAGGGACCUUCGCUUUCAAGGGUACCGCUGUGGGGCCGAUGGCUGUACACAAUAUCAACAAACAUAUCGCUGUGGGAGAAUAUUGUCAGAACCCCAAAAUAUAUGUCUAUGCGUAUCCCACAUACAGUGAGAUAUCUGUUCUUGAAGGUGGCGCAGAGCUUCAGUUCCAGUCCAUUGCCUUUUCAGAGAGUGACUACCUAGUUAGCGUGUCUGGGAUUCCCAACUUUCACAUGGUGUUAUGGAAUUACUUCGAUGGUACCCGGCUGACCUCUGUGGCUCUCACUCCGGAUCCUCUCAAGACGGUUUCAUUUAACAAGACCAACUGGCGGCAGAUCUGUGUGAUGACAGAUACCGCUAUCACUCUGUGGAACAUUGAGCAAUGUGACUCAAAAUACAUAUUGCUUCCCCAGAAAAUCAAACUGCCAGCUGUUGACCCCUCCGCAGAAGAAGAGUCUGAGAAAGAUGAGGAUCAGGAACUCCAGAGAUCCCCAACCAAGAUGUCCAAAUACGCCAUUGACAUUCCAGACUCGGCAGUUGCAGGUCUGACCGGGGAGCAAGUGGAACAACUUGAAGAAAUUCGAGACAUGAUUGAAAGAGUUUGUCCUGUCUCAAUUGCAUGGCUUCCUACUGGGGACUUUUAUGUGGGCUGUGAAGGUGGACAACUUUUCAAGGUGGACAGUGAAAUGCACAAGACAAGAAUGCUGUACUCUCCACAAGGAGAUGCAGGAGGGAAUCCCUUCGACAGAGGUCUGACCAGUGUUUCAAGAGGAGAGACAGACAUGCCCCCAGCAGAAAUGAGCAAUGUUUGGCUUAGACCUGGAUCCCUUCAGUGUAUUGCCCUCCAUCAGGCCGGUCUGUAUGCAGCUGGAAAGGAUGGCGUGAUUCGUCUUCUGGAUGUCACAGGGGAGGAAGUCAGUCUACAGGAGGAGGUCAAUGUGGACGUGCCCGUCUCAGCAAUCAGUUUCAACUCCAAGUACCAGAAUCUGGCCUGGGGAUCUCCAGAGGGUAAAAUCCAAAGUUACAAAUGUGGGGAUGUGAACAGUGUGGUGACUCUGGCUUCCUUCCACCACGGCGAUGUGAUGGGCGUUGGUGGCAUCGCCUACGGCUCCGACUGUUCUGUGUCCCUGAGGGAGGAUGGACUUGUGCAAGUGUGGAAAACUGUUGAUGGGACCUUUGUGUCUCAAGUCAGCAUACAGGAACCUGGGGAGACUCUGGCGUGCAGCAGAAUUGCUCAGUAUGCGGCCGUCGGCACCAAAGGGGGACAACUGUGCUUCAUCGACCUGACCAACCCAGAGCAUCCUCGGCUCAUCAUGAGGCACCGGCUGUUCAAGAACCCCAUCAAACAUCUUGUAUUCAAUGGAGAUGCAGGGACUUUACUUUUCGCUGCUUCAAACGACCAUAACAUUUUCAUUAUUGAUGCUAGACCCACGCAAGGUUUUGCCAUUCUGGGCUUUGUAGAGGUAAGCGGAAAUGUGGAGGCGAUGGCCACCUACGUGAAGGACAACGACACUCUGCUGGUGGCCUCAUGUAACAACAACCCGGACAUCUUUGGGUCCAACCUUCUCUACAGAUUCAACUUCACUGAUGAGCUCAUCCGAGAUAUUCGCUUCCACUACAAGAGUCCGAUGAAUGACUUGAAGGAAGAAUCCUGUUCUGCUCUCAAGAUGGGCUUGAGACAUGCUAUCUGUGGCCUCGCUGUUGGACAAGGAGAGAUUGUCUUUGCUCUCAGUGCUGCCAACAAGAAGUUACUCAGUUUCUCUAUGCCGGAGCCGGACAAGAAGCUGAAAAAGAUUGACCUACUUCUGAACCCGUCGGGGGAGUAUCCAGGCCACCAGCUUUCUGGAGGGGACGUCACUCUGAGCCACCAUCUCAAGUGGCUCCUCUCGCAUGCCCCGGACGGACAAGUCAAGAUCAGGACAAUCGGUGCCUUGGACAGAACGGCUGCUUUCAUUCCCCACGAUUAUAACAAGGGAGGCAUUAAGGCUGUGGCUUUCUCGGACGACUGCCAGUACAUUCUGUCCUGUGGCUAUGACAGCACGGUCAGCUGCUACCACUGGAACCAUUUGAAAAGCAAGGCAUCAGCUAGCAGUGCCAAGCAGAAAAGGGACAGAGAUAUGGACUUUGUGGCCCGAGAGAAUCAAAAACUGACGGAGUAUCAAGAGUGGAAUCAGCCUCCUCCUAGCAUGAGACGAGCUUCUCAAGUUGAGAGAGAAAGAAAAGAGCGCAUUGAGCAAGCAAAGCAGGGCGCUCAAGACAAAGACGAGAUUUACGUCUCCCCUCCACCAUCACCGAGGGCCAAUGCCACAUGGCUUGAGCAGAGAGAAAUAGAUGCGAGAAGACUAGAGAACCAACAUUUUGCCGAUGUGAAGCGGGAUAUCCGAACCCAGAUCAGAGACAUCCGGAGAACGAUUCAGCACAUGAUGUCCCAAAACAAAGACCUUCCAGAAAUUGAAAAGUUAGGUCGGCAUGAGUUUGACCUUGACCUUGAAGAGCAAAAUCGCCUCCAGGCUGAGGGUGAAGCGGAGAUCAAAAAGGUGCGAGAGGAUAUUGAGUUUGACAAUCUGGCCAAGCUGUACCUGAGAGAAAAGAUCAAAGAGGAAUGUUGGGACAAAAUGCAAGUGAAAGGAAGAGCACUUCAGGCUUUCAAUUCAUCCCUGGAAGUGAGUAACUUCCCCCUGCGGCCCAGGACAAUGGAGAUUAUCAACCUGAUCAAGACCGUGAGCACCCGCCGGAAGAUUGAGAUGAGAGAGGCCCAGGCAAGAAAGGAACUGGUUGAAAAGAGCGCGAAACCAUCUUCAAGAGAAGACGAAGGAGAUGGGGAUGAAGCGGAGGAUGAUGGAAAGGAGCAUCCGUCUAUUUCUGGAAGCUUAGGUUCCCAGUACGGAGGUGCCAAUGAGCUCUUCUACAACCAGUUUGAUUUACACACGAGAGAGCAGAAAGUUUCCCAGAUAGUUCUCCUGGAGGAUGCCAUACACCGGAUAAAGGAAGCUUUCAAUAAAGAGUUCAAUGAGGUCUUUGGCAAGAAAGAGCAGGAAAUUUCGAAGGUGAAGGACAAGAACAAGCGGAUUGCCAAAAUCAUCGAGUAUCUUGGUCUGGAGGAGUCUGUGGAUGAGCCGGCCAUGAGUGUGGCGGAGAAGCCUGAGCUGCUGUUGGAAGUUGCUGACUCGGAGAUUACUGUAGAGAAAUAUCUGACGCCCGAGCAACAGAAGAAACUGGACGAGCAGCAGAAACUGGACGAAGAACGUCUCGCUAAGGAGAAGGGAGACAACGCCAGGGAGAGGGCCUUAGACAUGAUGAUGGGCGGAGUGCUGGAGAUCAAGAAGGAGGAUGAGCUCAAAAAGGAUGUUCCAAAGCCGGCCUUCAUGUUGACCAAGAAGGAAGAGGAGUGGAAUGAGGAAGAGCAGAAGCAGCACAAGGAUUACCUCAAGAAAGUUCAGGAGCUUGUUGAAGAGAGAGAAAAGUAUAGAAAGCAACUUGAGACAGAGCUGCGGAAGUUACAGGCCAAUAUCCUGGAGAACUUGCAGACAUUUGAUGACACUCUCAACGUACUCUUCAUGCGCAAGAUCAAAGUGAUGAUGGUCAUUUACCAGGAGGAGCUGAAAAUUCUGAGAUUGAGAUAUGCAAUGUUGAUCCAGGAAGAGAUUGAGACCAGAGAAGGAGACCUUAAUCAGACCCUUGAACACAAACGGAAACUGAAGCAACUGGCGUUUGAGGCCGUGGCGGAGACCCGUAAAAACUAUGAGAACUUCCGCAAUCUUUACGAGCUACUGCAGGCGGAAGACAAGAUUGUUGACAAAUCAUUCCGCAGGGACUUCACAGAUGUGUCGGCACUCAUGGUUGAUCAGUUGUACAAGCAAUUCAGGAGAAGACCUCGCAUUCAGAAGUACCGAGCAGUGGAUACCCCAGGAGGCGGCAAAUCUGCCAACCCGUACAGUGAUCGUCCUUCUUCAUCCUUACAGCUGAACUAUCAGCGCAGUCAGGUGGACCAUGGUUUAGAUGAGUUGGACAAGUUCGGCAAUGCCCCGGAGGGCUGUGAACCCAGUGUGUGGGAGCGCAUGUGCAAACUCCGGCGAAAGAAAGUGGAAAGUGAAACACUGCUCAAGGUAAAGAGCAACAUCCUGGCUGACAUGAUGGCAUUCAUGCAGAAAAGACAGGAGGAGGAUGAUCUGUUGAAGAACGAAAUUGAAGACAUUGGCCACCAAAUCAAUAAGCUCAAGGAAGAUGAGCAAAGGUUUGUCCUGAACCUUGAGGUCCAGCUUCUCCUGAAACAAGGUCAGAUUGAGGUGGACGCCGGUCCGUUCAUUCGCGACUUCAGAGACAGCGUCCUUGUUCAUCGCAGCGUGGUCGAAGACCUCAACAACACUAUCAAGCAACUGGGCGAGAGCAAGAUUGCCAGUAUGGUUGAGAGCAAAGACUUCAGAAAGGGCAUUAUACAGCUGGAGUGGGAACACAAGAAAAUGUCUAUGCAAAUGGAGGAUUUGGAAAACAAGAUGAAAGAUAUUCAGUUCAUCAAAGUCACCCGCGAAAUUCAAGCAUUCCUUCAAGAAGACGACUACGAAGCAAAGAAGGCCACAGAGAUUGCCACUUUAGAGCAAACUAUUACCCUGCAGAAGAAGCAUCAUGAGAAGAACGUUGAUGAAAGGAAGAAGAUUCUGAGGGACCUGUCCAAGAACCUCAAGUACAAGGGAUCGUCCAACAACAAACUAGACGGUGACUUGAUGGACCUGAACGUGGUGGUCAACGAACGGCGACAAAUUGAAGAAGUCAACGCUGAAAACAGAGAUGAUGGUGGUGCUGAGAAACGCUACCAAGAAAUCGUCCAGAGACGGAAGCUGGUGGACCUCGCCAAGGCCCAGGCUCAGGAAGUGGCGGUGUUGCGAGCAGAGGUGGAGCGGCUACGUAUGAGAACAUUCCCAGCCCUGGUGCAAGUCGAACGAUAAACCCUUGCAUUGGGAAAUAUCUAGUGCUUUGGUUUUCAAUUUUGUAUUAUUAGCGGGUGUCCUGAACUUGUGUGAUCCUUUUCCUUCCCGAGGUCCCAGUAAAAAAAAAUGUUCACCACUCCUCUCUCUGACCUGCUAGAAUUUAGCGUUACCACAGCACAGUGCCUGUUGCAGGAAUCACUGAUCUUUUAGCUGAAACAGUAAAAGGAGAAAAUGUCACAAAUGCAGCAGACUAGAAAGUAAGAAGUCAUACUGGCUGUAAUUAGAUGUGCUGAAACCUGAAAAAUACAAGGUUUGAUUCCUUGUAUAGAUUCCUAGAGUUUGAAAGGAAAUAAAUAUGUAAAGUAAUCUGGAUGCUUAAGUUAAACUACUAUUACUUUGAGGUGGUUGAGCCUAAAUGGUAUCUCAGAGAAUUAUUGGACUGCCUUAUGCAUUGCAAGAACCUGUUAGAAGACUACUGGUCUAGAGUAUAAAAAAGCCCUUAAUGUUACCAUGACAACCUGUUUGGGGUGUAUCAGGUGCCUUAUGAACAGAAUGACAGAAUGUGAUUUUUUUUGUUAACUCUUUAGCCAUGUCUUGACGGUGGCAGCGUCCGGUAGUCGAGGUCUGUAACCACGGCUGGACUGUACCACUGUCGGAUGCGAAGUUAUUAUUGUAUUAUGGUACGGACCAAAUAUUUUAUAAAAAGUACGAGCUAACAAGCCUUUAGUUUGACCCGGAAGUCAAAGAUAAAUGAAUUCUACGUCUGGGUAAUGCUUUAUUGAUCAGUUUGACACGAAACAAGCGGUUUUACAAACGUAAUGUCGGUUCGCAUUUCCACAAACACGAGAGAGUUACGCGGAAACGUGAUUUUUAAUUGCAUAAUUAAAGAGUUAAGGUUUGAAUGCAGUAUGAAGGGAACUCAUGUCUCUUCUACAGUUUGGGGCCAGAACAACCAGAUGUUUGUGGGGCUGAGAAUCAUUGCUAGAUUGUCACUCUUCUGGGAAUGGUCUUAUACUUUGAUCAGCUUUCUUUUCUGUGAAAGUUUUCUUUACUGUCCUGUCAACACAAGAUAGCUUACUACUGAAGUGGGAGAUGCUUUGGCAGAUUUUUUAAAUGCUGAAGAGUUAGAAAAACAAUGAUUUACAGUGAAGGCAGAGGCUGGAAAGCAAAAUUUAUACAAGAGAAAAAGAUAUUUCAUCAAGUUACUUCUUGCAGUUUUUCAUAGCAUUCAGAAAGGGAAAAGAUCCUUCCUUUCCUUUCCUUUUCUGAUCCAGCGGCCAUUUGGGUUCUAGUCCUUGGGUCUGUCGAUAUGGCAAAGAAUUGACAGGGAAAAGAUAAAAUUGUCAAAUGGAUCUGAGACGGGUCAUCUGUCCGUACUUGGUUUCUGUUGCAAUAGAAACGACAUUUAAAAUGUUUUGUUUAUUUUCCGAUCUUUCUGGAGAGGUAAAACAAAGCGAGUGAAACUCUGGAGCCCAGGGCUAAAGUACAAAUGAGUGUAUGUAUAGCAGUGUGUGCUUCAAAAACCAGGUAUACAACAGUAGCAUUCAUGUGUUUUGAUUUGCAGAGGCUACACUAAGGACUUGUGAAGAAACUAUAAGAUCAUAUGCUUUUUUUUUUGGAGCUCCAUUCUUGAUUAUGUAUUGUUCAUUUCUUUCAUUUGCUUGAAUUUAAGUCAAUGAGAAGCGCAGCAAAACGGUCUAAAUUAUAUAGUAUUGGGAAUAAGAAAUGAUACAGAUAGAAGAUGAUGAAGGGAUAGGGCAUGAAAAGGACCACCAAUAACCCUCUCCUGCUACUCACCCUGUAUAUUUAAAAGAAAGUAUACUUUUGUGAUUCUGGGAACUGUUCUGUGAGCAGUCCUUGCUGAGUUCCCCAAGAUUCUGUGAUAUUACGUGAUGUUCAAAACUGAGAGAUGUGAUAAGAUGUAGCUGGUUUGUCUCAAAGACAGAUGAAGAAUGUUUUCUUGGGCUAUCUCUUUGUGUACAAUUUUUAAAAAUACACAAUAACAUUGUUCGAGUUUGCUAUUUUGUGAUAUUUUGCAUGUUAUGUGGUAGUAUGAUGAUGUCAGGAUGGAAAUUUUACAGCUAUUUUUCAGUUUUGAAAAGGCUAAAAAGUGUGACCAGAAUGUAAUGUAUAGUUAGUAUACACUUCCAACUUACACACACCUGUUUUAUUAUGUUUGUGCAAGCGUCGUCAAUGUUUGUAAGGCUAUCAGAAGGGAGUCAGACUUGAUCACAAAACUGCUUUUUGUGCCUUUCUUAAAUAGAUUUUGUACCCCCCAAGUGGAGGACAGAUAACUUUCCUGAUUCUAGAUUGGCCAUUUUCAGUAUUUAAUUUGGACCCUUAGUCAAAAUCAGUACCAUAACUGAUUCUGAGCUGGGCAAUCUGGAAAUAUUUUUACCUAUAUAUUUUUUCAGUGUUUUAUUGCUGAAAUACUGUUAAUGCUUGAUGGGCGUAUUGAUUAUAACAAUAAGAUUAGGAAAUAAAUGUUUUAUGGAAAAGCUGCACUGAUUAUGUUGCAUUAAGGAAAUAAAUGUUUUAUGGAAAAGCUGCACUGAUUAUGUUGCAUUAAGACAUUGUGAUCCACUCCGUGCAGUAUAUGUAAGGUGUCGCAUAACUAUAUAUCCAUUCAAUGACUUAUUCAAGUUUUGAUAAAAUAGGUACUUAAUGCAGAUAAUAACUGGAAGUUUUUUUGCCUCUGAUUAAAGUUAUCUUCUGAUGUGACUCGUA